AUGGUUACAAAAAAAACUUUAAUAAUUUUCGCUUUGUCAAUUUUAAGUUUGGUCAAAAGUCACGCAAUUUUCGUCGAUGAGUUUCUACCAAUUCAGGAUGAAUUGAGUUCUAACAACAUAACAUCAGUAAAUGUGGCUUGUACAAUCGAUAUUCACACACAAACCGGAACUCCACAGCCAGUUUUUAUUCGACCAAGUACAUCUCAAUUCUUCCUUCCAGCAAAUCGUGAUGGACAAAUUCAACUAUCUGUGAAUGAAGGAAUUGAACUUUGGUGUUCUGGUGCAUGGACAUCUCCAUCUGGGGCUCCAAAUUCAAUUACAGCAACAUGUGUCAGUGGACAAACAUUUAGAUAUAACAAUGCAAAUUUGAGCUUUAAUUCAUUUCGCUGCCAAGCAUGGCCUCAAUGGACAACAAGAAGAACGACAACGAGAUGCUUCAGUGGUGGGAUUUUAGUUGACGUUGGAUUCCAAAUAGGAACUCGAUGGCUUCAUCUUUACACUGUCUGUCAUGAUUUAGUUUUUGAAACAAAUUGGUAUGUUCAUUACGCUUUUUCACCAGUCUCUGCUGCAAAUCAAAGAAAUGUUGCACGUCCUGCUUGGACACAAACUGGCUUUUAUACAGCUUCUAAUGUCAAUCACCUCUAUACAAGACCGCAACACAGAAUAACAAUUGCAAACAUUUUGGGAGAUCAAGCUGCUGCAGACAGAUUCAUUGAAUCUGAACCAAGUGAUUUCUUCUUUGCACGCGGACAUAUUGCAGCAAUGACUGAUUUUAUCCUAGCCUCUCAACAGCAAGCAACAUUCCAUUUUCUAAAUGCCGCUCCACAAUGGCAAACAUUUAAUGGUGCCAAUUGGGACUCUGUUGAAAUUUCAUCAAGACGCUUAGCAUCGGAUCGUGGACUUAAUUUAGAUGUUUAUACUGGAACAUUUGGAAUCACAAAUUUGUGGAACACUGCAGGAGUCAGAAGACAAAUUUUUCUUGAUUGGCCAGCUGGAAGAAUUCCAGCUCCCCAAAUUUACUACAAAAUUUUGAUCAAUCAAGCUGAUUUGAGUGGGGUGGUAUUGAUUGGUGUCAACAAUCCAUGGCUUUCACAAGCUGAGAUCAAUAGCCUUGGAUACGUCAUUUGUCCAGACGUAAGCAGUCAGAUUUCCUAUGUUUCAUGGUCACGAACAAAUUUACAACGAGGAUUUGGAUAUGCAUGUGAAGUUCACGAGUUUUCAAGAGUUGUGCCACACAUCGAUGCUAUCAGAAACAUCAGAUAUAGAUUAUUAGUAUAAAACUUUUGUUUUAAAAAUAAACAAGUGUUUUGUUAUCAAAUUGAGUUUUAAUCCAAUUUUCGGAUGUGUUUAAUUAAAAGAAAUUCUUUAGUUUUGUUUUGGCAACUCAAAAUAAAAAUAAUGUUUGAUGAGCAUUUAAUUUUUUUAGG